AUGUAUUUGAUUGUUCCCCUUUUCAUUGGACGCUUUUGUAAUCAUAACGAAAAUGAACAGGCUCAAAUAGACAAGAGUAAAAUCUUGUUAGAAGAAGAUUACAAUUCAUCACAAUACACUUGGGGAAAUAUCAGAAUCCAACUGGAUACUAGCCUAUUAUAUCGCGAAGAUAAUGACAAAUACAUAUGUAAGAGAGUCGGACAAGUAAUAAAUAACUUAGAAUGCCAAGAAAAUGAUAUAUUUACCUCAGAAAAAAGAAAUGCAUUAGUAAAAUCGUUAGAGAGCAUGAAAGAAUUCGCCGAGAGAACAUUCAAAGUUCGGCAAAUACCAAAUAAUACUUUUGAAGUUUCAUAUCAAGUUUACGGUUUCGAACCAAAAGAAGUAUCUAAUGUGGAUUUGUACAUAUACAUAGUUCCAGUAAAUACUAAAGAAGAACAAAUUCAUGCUUCUGCGACAAUAUUUAGUUACGAGUAUCCAUCUAAGCGUGCAAGAGAAGGAGCUAUCAAAUUUAAUUCAAAAUUGUUACCUACUUCACCUGUUUUAUACAAUACAUGGGAAAAUUCUUUCUUUUACACGUGUUUGCACGAAUUAUGUCAUUUAUUAGGAUUUACUAAAUCUCAAUAUGACUAUUUCCAUCCAGUCGAUAGUUUUACUCCAUAUUCUAAUCCAUUAUGCACUAUUACAAGAAAAGGAAAACAAUUUACCUUUUUAACAACUCCAUACUGUCAUAAGUUCGCUGUAAAACACUUUAACAUGGAGUAUUUUGAAGGAGAUAAUGGAGAAAGAUGUCUUUCUGGAAUUGAACUCGAAGAUGGAGAUGGAUCUCAAAAUAGUCUAUCACAUUUAGAGACAAGAACAUAUAUGACAGAGUUUAUGCUCCCAACUGCAUUCACCAAUUACAGAUUUAGUCGGUUUACUGAUGCUACAGCAGCAGUUUUGCUUGAUACAGGAAAUUAUAUCAUAAAUUAUUCGAAUCUCCAACCUUUAUUAUGGGGAAACAAAGAGUCUUUUGAUGGAGUGACCUAUAUAAAGAACUUUCCAAUAGAUCCUCCUCAAAAAGUUUUUCCAGAAAAUUAUAUUGUCAAAGAUGAAGAUGGUUUGGAACCAUGCGGCUUUGAUUAUAAGUUCUUUGGACUUGUUUAUGAUAUACCAGCUCCUGAUUGUUCGAAACCAGCCACUUCUCAAGCAAAUUUCAACAUUUCUGAAGGCUACAUCGCAAAAUACUGCCAAGGAAAAGACUUUUACAAUCCUAAUGACGAGAAAUCAAUACAUAAUGGUACACUUUAUGCGGAUUUCACAAGAUUCAAGUUCCCACAGGUUACUUGCCCUGAAGGAACAGCAACAUUACCUUAUGUGAACCAGUGUUUGAAGUACAAAUUCAUAAGUGAUGACGAAAUCAAAUUUGAAUCGACAUCUUUUGACUUUUCAUGCUACAGAGAUUCGAACCCGGACAAAAAGCGUUGGGUAUACACGGUUAAAUACAAAUGCCCUGAUUUUGAAAGGUUUAAACGAACAGUUCAGUUAUAUGAUUCGUUUUUUAACUCAGAUCCAUUCAGUGAUGAUGGCACAAAGUACUAUUACAAUGCAAAUGUUGACAGCAGGACAGUUGAUAUGACUCCUGUUCCUACUUUACCUUUAAUCAAUAAAAUCGUUUUCCCGCUAUCGAUUUCUCUCGGAAUCUUCUCAUUCAUAUUAAUCAUCGCCAUAAUUUUCAUUAGUUUAUACAAAUGUGGCUACAUUUCGUUUAAACGCGGAAAAAAUUCUGAUGACGAAUCUUCAUGGGUUCCUCAGUCUUCUACAACAGAAUCUUCAGGUGAAAACAUUGAUGAAGAUAAAGAAUAUGUUAUACCAGGAAGAGAAGAAGUUUGA